AGGAAUUCCUGCAAUCUUUUCUCUGAGUCCACCUUAAAAGGGUCAACGAAGUCCGAUGACUUUUGGAUCGUCGCUCCCAUCGGCUCACUUACCGGAUGCCAAACAUCUGGAGGUUUAUAAGCAGGCCUUUGCCAGCGAGAGCAACACAAGUCCUCAGCCCUCGACAUGAAUCCAGUUCUGGUGACGCUGGCCUGGUCCCUGGUGGUCUCGGUGCGGGGCCAGUCGCCGUCGCACGACCACCGGGACAUGGGCUGGGUGAACGGCUUUCGCCAAGGUUUCAGCUUCCAGUGCCCCCACGGCGAGGCCCUGGUGGCCAUCAGGAGCUACUUCAGCGCCGCCGACGGUUCCGACCGCCUCUGGUCCUUCGAGUGCCAGCCCACGCCUGAGGGGCUGGGACCCCCCACCGACUGCUGGUGGGACGACAUCAACCGUGCAGGCUUGGAGUGGACUUCUAAGUGCACCCGUAACGGCCUGGUGGCGGGCGUACAGAGCAAGUACUUUGAGAGCGUCCUGGACCGGGAAUGGCAGUUCUACUGCUGCUACCAUAAACGCCGAUGUCCAUACUCCUGCAUGAAGACCAAUGACAUUCCGGAACAACACCAAGAAGAGGGCGAGCUGGUUGUUCCCAGCUACGGCUACUUCAUCCGAGGAGCUCAGACCACCUUCAGCGGAGUGCUGAGGGAUCGCCAGUGGAAGUACAUCCUGUGCAGGAUGACCGACUUCGACUGUGAAUUUGAGAAUUUAUAGACACGUCCAAGAAACACGUCAUAUUUACCUGUUAGAUAAUGACAACCAUGUGGUUCGUGCAGUUACUUUUUAUGGGCCAACCACAGGCCCGUAUAAUCCACAUUUACUUGCAUGCACAUAAAAAUCUAAAAACGUUAAAAGAACAAUUGUCAUUAAGUUGUGGUCAGUUACAGGAAGUCCCAUUCACGUAUGUUUGACGACUAUACAUAUAUUGUUCUUUAACCGAAAGAUUAAAAGUGUCACUUUUUUGUCAUUCAA